GCGGCGGCGGCUCCGGCCGGGUCAGUCGGUGCGGGGCGAGCGGCGGCGGCACCGCGGGCAGAGAUGCCGCUCUUCGCCGCCAACCCCUUCGAGCAGGACGUGGAAAAAGCCACAAAUGAGUACAACACCAGCGAGGACUGGGGGCUGAUCAUGGACAUCUGUGACAAGGUUGGGAGCACCCCCAAUGGAGCCAGGGAUUGCCUUAAAGCCAUCAUGAAGAGGAUGAACCACAAAGUUCCCCACGUGGCUCUGCAGGCUCUCACACUUUUAGGAGCCUGUGUGUCAAACUGUGGGAAGAUUUUCCAUUUGGAAGUUUGCUCCAGGGAUUUUGCCACUGAAGCUCGAGCUAUAAUCAACAAGGCCCACCCAAAAGUGAGUGAAAAGCUAAAAACCCUGAUGGUGGAGUGGUCAGAAGAGUUCCAGAAGGACCCACAGUGCAGUUUGAUAUCUGCAACCAUCAGAUCCCUGAAGGAGGAGGGGGUCACCUUCCCUGCCCCAGGGUCCCAGGCUUCCACCAGUGCUGCUAAGAAUGGCUCCUCAUCCAGUAAAUCCAAAGAAGAUGAGGAUAUAGCUAAAGCCAUUGAAUUGUCCUUGCAAGAGCAGAAGCAGCAGCAGCUGGAGACCAAAUCCCUGUACCCCCCUGCAGAGACGGCCCCAAACCCCCCGAGCCUGCGGAAGGUGCGAGCUCUGUAUGACUUUGAAGCUGUCGAGGACAAUGAGCUCACCUUUAAAAGUGGAGAAAUUAUUUUUGUUUUGGAUGACAGCGAUGCCAACUGGUGGAAGGGGGAGAACCACAGGGGAGUGGGGCUGUUCCCUUCCAAUUUCGUCACCUCUGACUUGUCUGUGGAGCCCGAGGCCGCAGCUGUGGAUAAAAUCUCUGUUCCUGAGGACGCUGCAGAAGAAAUUAAGAAAGCAGAACCUGAGCCAGUUUAUAUUGAUGAGGAUAAGAUGGAUAAAACACUGCAGGUGCUUCAGAGCAUAGAUCCCACGGAUUUAAAGCUUGAUUCUCCAGAUCUUCUCAACUCAGAAGAUAUCUGCCAACAGAUGGGUCCAAUGAUAGAUGAAAAACUAGAGGAGAUAGAUAGGAAACAUUCCGAGUUAUCCGAGCUGAACGUGAAGGUUCUGGAAGCUCUGGAGCUCUACAACAAACUGAUGAAUGAGAGCCCCAUGUACUCAGCCUACUCCAAACUGCAGCACCCUGCACAAUUCCCAGCCACCUCCUCCGGGCUCUCUGUGCAGUCGUAUCCUGUGCAGCCUGGCAGUGGCACUUACAUGGUCCAGGGGGUGUCCGUGUCCCCAGGGUACAGCCUGGCCCCCGAGCAGGUGGCCCAGGUCAGGCCCCUGCCCCAGAGCCUCAACUCUGCAGCCCCUCAGCCACCUCCAGCUGCUUAUUUAAGCCCCGGCCCCGAGCCCGCGCUGCCGCCGCCCUUCCCGAGCGUCCCCGGCACGGCCGCCUUCCCCCAGCACCAGAUGGGCGUGGACGUGGCAGCGUUCCAGAGCAACCCAGGAGCGGGGUACCCCGUGGCACUGCCCGCUGCCUCCCUGCUCCAGCAGCAGCAGCCCGGUUUCCAUCAGCAGCCCCUGCUGUGAACAGCUGGCACCGAGGAGCUCCGAGCUCAGCGGCCUUUGGGAGUCCCUGCCGUGGAUAUCCAAGUCCAUCCUCUCUCCAACAGCCCAGCUCGCUGCGUUAGGCUGGUGCAGAGUAAAAAUAGGCACCAGCUCUGAUGGUUAUUUGCAUUUUUGCAUCCUGAACUAGAUUAGGGGAUGGUUUAAAAUAAUUCCCCGUUCCUCCGAGUCCCUUUUUUUUUUUUCUCUCUCUUUCCCUGCGCUUUCAGGAAACGUCACUUGUGAAUCUUUGAAAGAUUGGCCCAAAAUAAUUCUCUUUGCAAUGUGUUUCUGGAAGCUUGAGGAUGCUGAGAUGCUGUUGCUUUGCCUCCUCUGGUGUCUUCUGUAAUCCUGGUGUCCCAGUGGCUUUAGGGACCCUCUGCACUCCGGAGUCCCCUUCCUGAAGGACGCGCACAAUCCGAGGGGUCCCUGGCUCCAGCUGCAGGAGGAAACUCUGCCCUCAGAACCACAUCCCUGUGGAAACAGGAGAAAAGGAGGGGUUUAACAGUGGUUUGGAAAUCACAGAGGAUUGCUGUGUUUUUGCUUGAGGAAAAGAAGUUUUCCUCCAAGUGCCCGGUGUCUUGGCAGAGGCGGCACUGCCAGCACGAGGCUCCUUGGCAAGGGCAGGCCGGGCAUGCUCCAGGAACUCACAGGAUCUCUCUUCAGUUUCCCUUUCUGGCUGGAUGUAGGAGUGAAGGAGCAUUGGGAUUGCUGGUGGGAAAGGAGGGGCUGGGGAGUGCCUGAAGCUGCUGAGGCCUCUGAGGGUCUGCUCCCUUUGCAGGGGGAACAGGAGCCCUCCUGAUGGCACCAGGGCCUUCUGCCUCCCUGGAUUUGCUCUCUCUGCCCUGUGGCCGUGUGUGAGGCAGCCCUGAGCCCAGAGCAGCUCUGGGGAAGGGGCUUUGAGGCCAUCCAUGUGCUGGGGUGCCAUUGGGCCUUUCCCUGCAGGAGGCAUUGCCUCGGAGCCAGGCAGAAAAGGAAUCCAAGAAUUCCUUCCCUGAUGCACUUUUUGAAGGGUGGGGUUGGUCCAAGCCAGCACACGAGCUGGAUUAUCCUUUGGGAAUGUGGGAAUUCCUUCUUUUUCUUGUUUCAGCUGCGGAACAACAAAAUCACUUCAUCCUCCUGUUUAGCUCCUCACUGGAGCAUGGGCACAUUUAUCCUGCUUUUAACCACCUCUGCUGAGGGAUAAUCCGUGGCUUGGGGAAAUAAUGGAAGCAAAUGACUGAUAAAAAGAUCCCCAUUAAAUGCAGGAAGCUCCCAGAUGUCUCAAUAAACAUUUUUGAUGUCUAAACUUCAUCCCAGACUGGAACUCCCAGGCUGCUGAGUGACCAAACCCAACCCACCCUCCACUCAGCACCUCCUUUUAUUUAAUUAUUUGCUAUCUUACAUUUGCAGCCUCGUGCUCAUGCAAAAAGUGCUCUUUAAAUCACUUUUUAUUGAAAUGUGUGCAAUUGAAAGGAGGAUUUUGUCUUUCCUUUGGACAUUAAUUUGUCUUGAUCCUUGCCCUGGAAGUAGCUCAGUACAAAUAACACCCGUGGCAAUACUGAAGUGUUCUGGUAACUUGUUCCUUGUGUCUUCUGAGGAAAUGAAUGGAUUUCAAUGCUGCUGUUCCAAAUUCUUAUUGUUUGGAGCUUUUAUUUGUCAGAGUUUACUUUGUUCCAAGUUGGUUUGGGGUAGAACUAAACCUUGCUCACGUUGCUAUCAAUGUUUGUUAGGAAAUUUAAAUUGGUGGUUUUUUUGGAUUCUGAGCUUUGGGCCAAGAGAAAUCUUCAAUUGAGCCAGCCAGAUGUGAUUUGAUGAUGUUAAUUGUUAAGUAUAAAUAAUGUAUAUACUCAUUUGUCUGAGAUUUUCUACACAGCUCCACACAUGCCUGAACUUUUAUAAAAGCAGGAUUUGUCCUUCUGUCACCUCUUCUACUCCUAACUCUGUGAUAUGCAACUUGUAGAUAGUGUAAAAUAAUUUAAUUAUUAUUAAACCAGUGUAUUUAGAGGGGGUUGGUGUUUCUCUUCAUACUUCUAGACAUGAUCAUAUUUAUUUUUAAGGCCUGAUUGUAACUGAACAUGCUGCCAAAGGAUUUCUCUAACUCCAGAUUUCUACCUUAGGUUUCUACCUGCUGUUUUCUAUCAGGAAUUCAGGGUGGAGAACUCCUGCUUUUUCAUACAAACCCUUAACAUAGGAACCUUUCUAAGGAGACUUUCCACGUGGUGUAUUUGUUUCAUGGGUGUUAAGUGUCACUGUGAGAUCCAUUUCCUUUGGUGUCAGCUGGGGACCUGUUGUGUCUGUUCAGUUUGUCACCCCAGAGUGCUCUGAGGGCUUGUGCUCUGUCACCUGAUGUCAGCCACGCUUUGUCUCUCCAAUUGGCUCCAGAAAUAAUGGUAAAAAUCAGAUUAUUGAAACCUUC